CAAGCUCUAGCAGGAAGAAGAAUAAAGAAAAAGAAGAAGCUCACCUCUUCUUCUUGUGAGAGUAAUAAAAAAUAAAAAUAAAUCCCAAAAAAACAAAAAGUCAUCAAAAGAAUUCCAAAAAGAGUUUUUUAGUUUGGGGAUAGGAGAAAAAUAAAACAACGCCAUGGGAAGUGGGAAAGUGACAGUCGUGGCUUUGCUACUUUGCCUCUCUCUAGGAGUGAUAGCUGAGGACCCUUACCUCUACUUUAACUGGGAAGUCACAUAUGGCACUGUCGAUCCAUUGGGCGUGCCGCAACAAGGUAUUCUCAUCAACGGGCAGUUCCCAGGGCCUAGAAUUAACUGUACCUCUAACAACAACAUUGUUGUCAAUGUCUUCAAUAAAUUGGACGAGCCAUUCCUCUUAACUUGGAAUGGUGUCCAACAUAGGAAGAACUCAUGGCAAGAUGGUACCCCAGGAACCAUGUGCCCAAUCAUGCCUGGUCAAAAUUUCACCUACCGCUUCCAGGUCAAGGACCAGAUUGGUAGCUACUACUACUUCCCAACCACAGCCUUGCACCGGGCAGCCGGUGGCUAUGGCCCCAUCAACGUCCACAGUCGUGCUCUCAUCCCAGUUCCUUUUGACAAUCCUGCUGAUGAGUACAACGUAUUCGUGGGCGAUUGGUACAACAAGGGCCACAAGACCUUGAAAAAGAUCUUGGACGGUGGACGCACCAUUGGCAGGCCCGAUGGCAUUAUCAUAAAUGGUAAGUCUGCUAAGGUUGGCGAGGCAAAAGAGCCACUCUUUACCAUGGAGGCUGGCAAGACUUAUAGGUACAGGUUCUGCAACCUUGGCAUGAGGUCAUCAGUCAACGUGAGGUUCCAAGGUCACCCAAUGAAAUUAGUGGAGCUAGAGGGAUCCCACACCGUACAAAACGUCUACGAUUCCUUGGACAUCCACGUUGGUCAGUGCCUCUCAGUAUUGGUCACUGCCAAUCAGGAGCCCAAGGACUAUUACUUGGUUGCUUCAAGCAGGUUCUUGAAGCAAGAACUCUCCUCUGUGGCCAUCAUUCGUUAUGUUAAUGGCAAGGGUCCAGCAUCCUCUGAGCUUCCAGCAUCCCCACCAGACAACACUGAAGGCAUUGCCUGGUCCAUGAACCAGUUCCGCUCCUUCAGAUGGAACCUCACUGCUAGUGCUGCCAGACCCAACCCUCAAGGUUCCUACCAUUAUGGACAGAUAAACAUCACCCGCACCAUCAAGAUCGUCAACUCCAAGGGCCAAGUAGGUGGUAAGCUUAGAUAUGGUUUGAACGGUAUCUCACACCUAAGCGAGACUCCGUUGAAGCUUGUAGAGUACUGGGCUGCCGAUAAGGCCUUCAAGUAUGAUCUCAUGGCUGAUGAGCCCCCUGCUGACCCAAGCAAGCUCACUAUUGCCGCAAAUGUGAAAAACGCCACCUACCGUAACUUUGUGGAAAUCAUCUUCGAGAACCACGAGAAGACCAUCCGCACCUAUCACCUGGACGGAUAUUCCUUCUUCGCCAUUGCUGUUGAGCCCGGGAAGUGGACCCCAGAGAAGAGGAAGAACUACAAUUUAGUGGAUGCCACAAGCAGGAACAACAUCCAGGUGUAUCCAAACUCAUGGGCAGCAAUAAUGUUGACCUUUGACAAUGCAGGAAUGUGGAACUUGAGGUCAGAUAUGUGGGAGAAGACAUACUUGGGAGAGCAAAUGUACUUCAGCGUUCUCUCCCCAAGCCGAUCAUUGAGAGAUGAGUACAACCUCCCAGACAACCAUCCUCUCUGCGGUGUUGUCAAGGGCAUGCCCCUCCCAACUCCAUACAAGGCUUAAAUUUAAUCUCUCUGUAAUGGUAGAAUCA